CAUAGAAAGAAAACAAGGAAACAAUCUGAGCAGGAGGAAACACUUUCCGUCUCAUUCACAAAUAAUACAUUGCCUUGUUUUGAUAAAUAAGCCUCUGUUUGGGUAAUAGCUAGGUAAUAUCCGUCAUUCUGAAGUCCAGACAAAGUGGGCGUUAACCGGAAGUUACAGUUUGUCCCGGUGUGGCUGCCGUAGUUCGCGGUUCUUUAUUUUCAUUCGUCUUCACUCCUCACCCGACCAACUGUCACUGGUUGUUUAUAUCGACAAAUACCGCUUGUGGUUUGUAAUUAAAGUGCGAAUAAACACUUGGCGAUGUCUUCCAACAGUGGGAUUCAGAUACCCAGCCGCUUGCCUUUACUAUUAACUCAUGAAGGCGUUCUGCUGCCCGGCUCGACGAUGCGAAUUAGCGUCGACUCGGCGAGAAACAUGCAGCUGGUGAAGAGCAGGCUGCUGAAGGGGACCUCACUAAAGAGCACCAUUAUAGGAGUAAUUCCCAACACCAAAGACCCGGAGCAGGACAGCGAGGAGCUCCCCUCUUUACAUGGCAUUGGCACAGCAGGCCUGGCAGUCCAGGUAGUGGGUAGUAACUGGCCAAAGCCGCACUACACACUGCUAAUCACAGGUUUGUGCCGCUUCCGUGUGACGCAGCUGCUGAGGGAGAGACCCUUCCCUGUGGCUGUGGUGCAGCAGCUGGACAAACUUGAGCAGUACACAGAUGGAGAACAGUUGGAUGGAGAGCUGGGAGAACUUUCUCAGAGGUUCUACCAGGCUGCAGUGCAGUUGCUGGGAAUGCUGGAUAUGUCCGUGCCUGUAGUAGGGAAGCUGAGGCGGCUGCUCGACAGUCUGCCCAGAGAAACCCUGCCUGACGUGCUUGCCGCCAUGAUCCGCACCUCCAACACAGAGAAGCUCCAGGUGCUGAAUGCAGUGGACUUGGAGGAGCGAUUUAAAAAGACUCUUCCUAUGCUCACCAGACAGAUCGAGGGCCUCAAACUGCUGCAGAAGACUCGUAAACCCAAACCUGAUGAUGAAAAGAGGGUACUGGUUAUCCGCAAAGGCAGCGGUGUGCUCCCUGGCCGUCAGUUCUCUCUUGAGGAUGAAGGGGAAGAUGAGAAUGGUGAUGAAAUGGCUGUGCUGGAGAGGAAGGUGAACGAGGCAGCAAUGCCCGAGUCUGCUCUACGUGUAUGCCUAAAAGAACUCAAACGUCUGAAGAAGAUGCCUCAGUCCAUGCCAGAGUAUGCUCUCACCCGCAACUACCUGGAGCUCAUGGUGGAGCUGCCUUGGAGCAAGAGCACCAAGGACUGCCUGGACAUUCGGGCUGCUCGGGUGCUUCUGGACAGUGAUCACUACGCCUUGGAGAAGCUGAAGAGGCGGGUGCUGGAGUACCUAGCAGUGCGGCAGCUCAAGAGCUCCCUUAAAGGUCCUAUUCUGUGCUUCGUGGGGCCUCCAGGUGUCGGAAAAACCAGUGUGGGCCGCUCCAUCGCCCGCACCCUGGGCAGGGAGUUCCACCGUAUCGCCCUGGGAGGAGUGUGUGACCAGUCAGACAUCCGUGGCCACAGGCGAACCUAUGUGGGCAGCAUGCCUGGCCGCAUCAUCAAUGGCCUGAAGACUGUCGGUGUCAACAAUCCUGUAUUUUUAUUGGACGAGGUGGACAAAUUGGGCAAGAGCCUGCAGGGAGACCCCGCUGCUGCCCUACUGGAGGUUCUGGACCCAGAGCAAAACCACAGUUUUACUGACCACUACCUCAAUGUGGCCUUUGACCUUUCACAAGUCCUCUUCAUCGCCACGGCAAACACCACAGCAACCAUCCCCCCUGCUUUGUUGGACAGAAUGGAGGUGCUGCAUGUGCCAGGAUACACACAGGAGGAGAAAGUGGAAAUCGCUCAUCGGCACCUGAUCCCUCAUCAGCUCGAGCAGCAUGGCCUCACUCCUCAGCAGCUCCAGAUCCCACAAGACACCACACAGGGGAUCAUCAGCAAGUACACGCGGGAAGCGGGUGUGCGCUCUUUGGAGAGGAAGAUUGGAGCCAUCUGUCGAGCGGUGGCUGUGAAGGUGGCAGAAGGUCAUAAGAUGUCAAGAUCGGAGUCGUCCAGUGAAUCUGGAGCAGGUCAGGAUCAAGCAGAAACAGGACAGGAUUCUGACAUGGCAUCUCCACCCGAGAUGCCCAUCGUCAUUGACCACGUAGCCCUCAAAGACAUUUUGGGGCCACAGCUCUUUGAAAUGGAGGUAUCCGAGCGUCUGACCCUGCCUGGUGUGGCUAUAGGCCUGGCCUGGACUCCGCUUGGUGGAGAGAUCAUGUUUGUGGAAGCCAGUCGUAUGGAGGGCGAAGGUCAGCUCACGCUAACCGGCCAGUUGGGUGAUGUCAUGAAGGAGUCAGCACAUCUGGCCAUGAGCUGGCUCCGCAGCAAUGCCAAGAUCUACCAGUUAACAAACCUUGCAGGCUGUGCUGACCCUCUUGAGGCCACUGACAUCCACUUGCACUUCCCGGCGGGUGCAGUCACUAAAGACGGCCCUUCUGCUGGAGUUACUAUCGUAACAUGUCUAGCCUCUCUGUUCAGUGGGCGUCUGGUGCGCUCUGAUGUAGCCAUGACAGGAGAGAUCACUCUGAGAGGCCUGGUGCUGCCGGUGGGUGGCAUUAAGGAUAAAGUCCUGGCGGCUCACCGUGCUGGUCUCAAACGAGUCAUCCUCCCCAAACGUAACGAAAAGGACCUAGAGGAGAUUCCAGCCCACAUCCGUGCAGAACUGGACUUCGUCCCAGCUAGUACUUUAGACGAAGUUCUUAAUGCUGCCUUUGAUGGUGGAUUCCCUACUGCCACCGUAACACACCCGCGGUUUAGCAGCAAGCUCUGA